GGCCAGUGUCGCGAUGGCUGAGCUGGGCAGCAAGGGGGUGACAGCAGGGAAGAUCGCCAGCAACGUGCAGAAGAAGCUCACCCGCGCGCAGGAGAAGGUGCUCCAGAAGUUGGGCAAGGCGGAUGAGACUAAGGAUGAGCAGUUUGAGCAAUGUGUCCAGAAUUUCAACAAGCAGCUGACUGAGGGCACUCGACUACAGAAGGAUCUCCGUACCUACCUGGCCUCCGUCAAAGCCAUGCAUGAGGCCUCUAAGAAGCUGAACGAGUGUCUGCAGGAGGUGUACGAGCCCGACUGGCCUGGUAGGGAUGAGGCAAAUAAGAUCGCUGAGAAUAAUGACCUUCUCUGGAUGGAUUACCACCAGAAGCUGGUGGACCAGGCACUGCUGACUAUGGACACUUACUUGGGCCAGUUCCCUGACAUCAAGUCACGCAUUGCUAAGAGGGGGCGGAAGCUAGUGGACUACGACAGUGCCCGGCACCAUUUUGAGUCCCUUCAAACUGCUAAAAAGAAGGAUGAAGCCAAAAUUGCCAAGCCUGUUUCGCUGCUUGAGAAAGCUGCCCCCCAGUGGUGCCAAGGCAAACUGCAGGCUCAUCUCGUAGCUCAAACUAACCUGCUCCGAAAUCAGGCUGAGGAGGAGCUCAUCAAAGCCCAGAAGGUGUUUGAGGAGAUGAAUGUGGACCUGCAGGAGGAGCUGCCAUCCUUGUGGAAUAGCCGCGUGGGUUUCUAUGUCAACACGUUUCAGAGCAUUGCAGGCCUGGAGGAAAACUUCCACAAGGAGAUGAGUAAGCUCAACCAGAACCUCAACGACGUGCUGGUCAGCCUGGAGAAGCAGCAUGGGAGCAACACCUUCACAGUCAAGGCCCAGCCCAGUGAUAACACCGCUACCAAAGGGAACAAGAGCCCUUCACCUCCACCAGAUGGCUCCCCUGCUGCCACCCCAGACAUCAGAGUCAACCAUGAGCAAGAGCAAGCUGGCAUGACUGAGCCUGGGGCCACUCUCCCUAAGUCCCCAUCUCAGCUCCGGAAAGGCCCACCAGUCCCUCCACCUCCCAAACAUACCCCGUCCAAGGAGGUCAAGCAGGAGCAGAUCCUCAGCCUGUUUGAUGACACAUUUGUCCCUGAGAUCAGCGUGACCACCCCCUCCCAGUUUGAGGCCCCAGGGCCCUUCUCAGAGCAGGCCAGUCUGCUGGACCUGGACUUCAACCCCCUCCCGCCUGUGGCCAGCCCUGUGAAAGCGCCCACACCUUCUGGUCAGCCAAUCCCGUGGGACCUCUGGGAGCCUGUAAAGAGUCCUGCUAGCAACCUGCCUUCUGGGGAGCCCAGUACAGCCAAGAACGCCUUUGUUAUGUCCUGGCCCGGCCAGAUAGCCAAGCCAGGGUUUGCUCAACCAGGAGAGGUCUCAGAGGUGGCAGGUGGGACCGAACCUGCUGCUGAAACCCAGGAACCCAGGGAGACGGCGGCAAGUGAAACAACAUCUAGCUCCCUUCCAGCAGUCGUGGUGGAGAAUUUCUCAGCAACUGUGAACGGUGCCAUGGAGGGCAGCAGUGGGGUUGGGCGCUUGGACUUGCCCCCAGGAUUUAUGUUCAAGGUACAGGCCCAACAUGAUUACACAGCUACUGACACCGAUGAGCUUCAGUUGAAAGCUGGUGAUGUGGUGCUGGUGAUCCCCUUCCAGAACCCUGAGGAGCAGGAUGAAGGCUGGCUGAUGGGCAUCAAGGAGAGUGACUGGAACCAGCACAAAGAAGUGGAGAAAUGCCAGGGUGUCUUCCCCGAGAACUUCACCGAGCGAGUCCAAUGA